GUUCCCAGCUCCUACUCACUCCUAUUCUGAUCUUUGCUCUCUCUGCUCCUGCACUUCUCCUAGCUCACGCAGUAGCAAGCUCGCGAUGGCCCAGGGAAGCGGCAGUGCUCGCGCCGUGCUGGCGCUGGUCCUCCUCUGCGUGCUCCUCAACGGCCACCUCGCCGAGUCCAAGAUGUACACCGUCGGCGACCGCGGCGGGUGGACCCUCAGCUCCGGCGGCUGGUCCAGGGGCAAGCGCUUCCGCGCCGGCGACGUGCUGCUGUUCAAGUACGGGCGGGGCGCGCACAACGUGGUGGCGGUGAACGCGGCAGGGUACAGGUCCUGCAGCGCACCGAGGGGCAGCAGGACCUACAGCUCCGGCAACGACCGCGUCACGCUCUCCCGCGGCACCAACUACUUCAUCUGCAGCGUCCCCGGCCACUGCGGCGCCGGGAUGAAGAUGGCGAUCAACGCCGCCUGAUGAUCGGGAUAUGAGCCCUCCGCCCACCGCCGGCUGCUGGCGGUUAACGACUUGAUUUAUUUUCCUUCAAGUAACCAGACUACUUAGAACGGUGUGUGCUCCAUGAUUCUGUACGUGUCUCGACUGUUGAGUACGGGCGUGUUAGAUUGACAGUGGAUAAGAAACAGUGUGUGUGUUGGCUAUGUGGAUGCACGUGAGGAAUGUUCAAAUAAAAGCGAGUUAAUUCUAAAAAA